GAGCCACAGGAGAGGAGGCGGAUGCGGCUCAUGGUGGACGGCAUUGGGCGCUUCAGCAGGCUGCACCGGGUCUUAGUUGCAGCACACAGGAUCUUUAGUUGCGGCACACAGACUCUUAGCUGUGGCAUGCAUGCAGGAUCUAGUUCCCUGACCAGGGAUGGAACCCGGGCCCCCCGCAUUGGGAGCAUGGAGUCUUAACCGCUGCAGCACCAGGGAAGUCCCCCUCACCCUUCUCUCUUUAAAAAAAAAUAUUUAUUUAUUUAUUUAUUUAUUUUUGGCUGUGUUGGGUCUUCGUUGCUGUGCGCGGGCUUUUCUAUAGUUGCGGCAAGCAGGGGCUACUCUUCGUUGCGCUGUGCGGGCUUCUCAUUGCGGUGGCUUCUCUUGUUGUGGAGCAUGGGCUCUAGGCACGUGGGUUCAGUAGUUGCAGCACGCAGGCUCAGUAGUUGUGGCUCACGGGCUCUAGAGCGCAGGCUCAGUAGUUGUGGCGCACGGGCUUAGUCGCUCUGCGGCAUGUGGGAUCUUCCCAGACCAGGGCUCAAACCUGUGUCCCCUGCAUUGGCCCGCAGAUUCUUAACCGCUGAGCCACCAGGGAAGCCCCUGAUCCUUCUCUUUUAAUCUCCAGCAUCUGACUGUAAAUUGUUUCAAACAUACAGCAGAGCUGGUGAGUCUGGCUUUUAUCAAUAGCAUCUCGGAACCCUUCCAAUGCCCUCCGUCCUUUGAGCAUUUUACUCCAGCUGGCAGCACAGUCACUCCAGGCUCAGCCUUGGAAGCAGCCAGUCUCCCGAUGGUUCUUCGGGAUGGAGCAGGGGCUCGGGGGCCACGGUGAGGAUGCCGGUGUGCUCGCCACUCUGGGCUGUCUGCCCCAGGCUCCUCCAUGGACAGGGGCUGCGGGUGUGCGUGCGUGUGUGGCUGUGAGCACACACGCCCAGGGCCAUAUGUUUGCUUCUGUGGGCAGCCAUCGACGGCAAACCCGCUCUUCCAUUUGCCACACGGGUCAUUCUGGUUUUCUCCCUUUCUGUGUCUGUAACUCCUUCUCCAACUGGGAGAAGCCCAGCUCCCCUUGUCCCUAAUUUACUGACCUAUUAGCUAGGCCACCCCGAGUAUAGCCAUCACCCCACUGCCCUCACCUGCACCCCUACCCUCACUCCUGUGCAGACCUUGCAUUAGCUUUUGGACGAAUUAUUCAGGAAGGAGGGCAGCUCCUCUUUGGGUCUCAGGGUGCUCAGAGAAAUCCUGUCUCCUUGCUCACCCUGCCUCACACAGACAGCCCUGUUUGCUUCCUGUGUCAGGCUGGGGUGGGUGGGACAGACCCGGUUCGUGGCACUCAGUCUGGGCUGACCUCAUUGCUCUAAGACACCGGUCCCUACAGCUGCUGGGAGGGCAGGAAGCCUAUGCAGGAUCCGGCAGCCUCUUCCUUCCCACCUUUUCAUCCUGGCUCCUCGCGGCGGAGGGGCUGGAACAGGAUAUGCUGGGGCGGGCGGAGGCUUGGCCUGCACCGGGGCCCCGAGAAGCAGGAGCCCCACACCCUGCUCGUGACGGUUUGAGGGGCUGGGGUCUGCGGCACUGGAGGCCUGGAUUCUGGUCCUGGAUCCUCCCUUCUCCAGACCCAGGGCCGCCUUGUCCGUAGCCUGGGGCGUGGGAGUGAGCGAGGACCCCUGCCCACACCAGAAGGCCUGGGCCUGCGGGACUUCCCAGGGCUGUGCCCUCAGCCGGGAGAGCAGGCCCCAGCUCUGGGGUUUGAGCCCCAGGGGCUCCUGUCCACUCCAGUCGGAGUGCAGAGGAGACAGGACCAGUGGUGCAGGGGGGCCUGAGCGAGGGCAUGUCCACAGACGGAGCAGCCGUUGCAGCUGUGCUGGCUCGUGGAUGGAUUUUCUUGUGUAACAAGUGUUAUCAAAGGAUGAAAAGAGCACGCCCGCUUGUUAGGGCCCGAGGCCCCGUUCCCAUCCCAGGCGCCCCUGGGUGCACGUUCAGGGGCUGAGGGGUGGUGUGGAUGCAGGAUGCCCAGUCCACAGCCCAGCGGCUGAGACUGACCUGCUGGCCACGCAGUCCUGAGAGCCCAGCAGCCCCGCCAGGUGCUCACAGCGGUCCGGGGUGCUGGCGGGGAUCUGAGGCGAGUGCCCGCUGGGGCUGAGGGCAGCCUGUGCCCACAGGUCUUUGAGGGUCGGCCUGCAGAUCUCCCUGGACUACUGGUGGUGCACAAAUGUCGUCCUGCGAGGGGUGGAGGAGGUUUGUUCCUGCGUCCUGGCCUGGCUGGUCCUGGCCUGCGGCCUGCGGGGAUGGGGGUGCCCAGGUGGAGGUGCCCGCCCGCCCCCAUCCCUUCCCUCUAUACCUGUGGUCAGAACAGCCUGGGGUACUUGGAGGUGAUGUCUGCAUGUCACCAGCGGGCGGCUGACGCCCUGGUGGCUGGGGCCAUCAGCAACGGGGGCCUCUACGUGAAGCUGGGCCAGGGGCUGUGCUCCUUCAACCACCUGCUGCCCCCCGAGUACAUCAAGACACUGCGGGUGCUGGAGGACAGGGCUCUCACGCGGGGCUUCCGGGAGGUGGAUGAGCUGUUCCUCGAAGACUUCCGGGCCCCGCCCCACGAGCUCUUCCAGGAGUUUGACUACCAGCCCAUCGCAGCAGCGAGCCUGGCCCAGGUGCACCGCGCCAGGCUGCACGACGGCACCGUGGUGGCCGUGAAGGUACGCGGGGCCCCCGCGGGGCGCCGCGGGGGGCAUCCGGGCGCCGGUGGCCAGUCCUCCCUGCAGCCUCCCGUGCAGGUGCAGUACAUCGACCUGCGGGACCGCUUCGACGGCGACAUCCACACCCUGGAGCUCCUGCUGCGGCUCGUUGAGCUCAUGCACCCCAGCUUCGGCUUCAGCUGGGUCCUCCAGGACCUGAAGGGGACCCUGGCCCAGGAACUGGACUUUGAGAACGAGGGCCGCAAUGCCGAGCGCUGUGCACGGGAGCUGCAGCACUUCCGCUAUGUCGUGGUGCCACGCGUGCACUGGGACGUGUCCGGCAAGCGCGUGCUGACAGCGGAGUUCUGUGAGGGCUGCAAGGUCAACGACGUGGAGGCCAUCAAGACCAUGGGGCUGGCAGUGCGGGACGUCGCGGAGAAACUGAUCCAGGCCUUUGCCGAGCAGAUAUUUUACACAGGCUUCGUCCACUCCGACCCCCACCCUGGCAAUGUCCUGGUGCGGAAAGGCCCCGAUGGGAAGGGACAGCUGGUGCUGCUGGACCACGGGCUGUACCAGUUCCUGGAUGAGAAGGACCGGUCAGCCCUGUGUCAGCUGUGGCGGGCCGUCAUUCUGAGGGACGAGGCUGCCAUGAAGGCGCACGCGGCUGAGCUCGGGGUGCAAGACUACUUCCUGUUCUCCGAGGUGCUCAUGCAGCGGCCUGUGCGCCUGGGGCAGCUGUGGCGCUCACACCUGCUGAGCCGUGAGGAGGCGGCCUACAUGCAGGACAUGGCGCGGGAGCACUUCGAGGAGGUCAUGGCCGUGCUCAAGGCCCUGCCGCGGUCCAUGCUGCUCGUGCUGCGCAACCUCAACACGGUGCGCGCCAUCAACACCGCCCUGGGCGCCCCAGUGGACCGCUACUUCCUCAUGGCCAAGAGCGCAGUCCGGGCCUGGAGCCGCCUGGCGGGCGCCACGAGCCAGAACACCUACGGUGCCAGCCUCCUGCGCCACAUCAGGGUCAUCUGGGAGUCGUUCAAGUUUGAAGUGGCCCUGAGGCUGGAGACCCUGUCGAUGCGGAUCACUGCCCUCCUGGUCCGAGUCCUGGUCCACCUGGGCCUCAUGCCCAAGACCAAGGGGCUGUACGAGUACCUGGAGAUCUAGGGAGCCCCGGCAGGAGGACCACAGAGCUCGCCCCACUGCAGGCUGAGGGGCCGGCCAGGGCCAAGGCACAGAGGCCUAAGAAAGACCUGGGGGCACUGGAGUGACUGUGGCCUGGAGUUGGGCCUGCAAAGACCACAUGCUCUUCUCAAACCAAACAAA